AUGUGCGAGCGAGGGGAGUCCUUCAGUGAGGGGGAGCUAAGGAAUAACAACCAGCAGGGUGGUGUGCUGGCUGAUGGCGAUGCCAACGCUAAUGAUAUCCGGACAGAGGAUGGUGGGAGGACGGGCGAUACCGGAACUCUGUCGGGGCCGAUGACUGAAACAGCGGAGCAGGACAAAGUCAUCGUCUGGGGUACAGACUCCCAGUGUGAUGACCCUGAACUGGCUGAGUUUGAGAUGCUGGAGUGUCAGGAGCUGGAGGCGUACCUCGUUGAGGAGGGAGAAGACUUUGUCGGGCUUGCAGACCGGAAAGAGAAUGAAGCCACAGCAGGACAGACAACAGAUAAUAAUAGUAGGGAUAAGCAUAGUGUCAGUGAGCAAGAAUCCAGUGCCCCUCGGGUCUCUCAGAGCAGAGAGACGUCCAGAACUGAGUUAAGCUCUGAAACUGAUGUCUUUGUGUCCUGUCUGACCACCAUUUCAAGCAUGGCCACUGCUAUGGACACUGUUGGCAGGACCCACACAACAGACUCCUGGAACAUUGCCUCUGGUCCUUACUCAACCAUCUCAGAAGACCUGACUCUGGCUUCCCAGACUUGCAACACCGUCUCUGAGAGAGGCCAGGCCUCUCAACAAGCUGAUCAUCCUUCCCUCUCCUCUAGAAAAAGCACAACACAUCAGAAAGAUGUGGACAUUAAUUUGAAUUCAGCAGUUCACUCAGAGGAUGUUGUAUCGCAGGCACAAAUGAGUAAAACAGUUGUUUCAAGUGAGGAUGUCAUUGAUGAGCACAGGAAGAACAAUAAUCAGAGAAAUAAAUCAGGCAGCACCAUUUCAGAGGGAGAUUGUGAUCGGGGGAGAAGCGCAAAGCACAAGGCUGUACUCACUACAAAAAAAUCUCAUGUAGAAAGCAACACUAAAAUGGAUAAAAGCACACAAGCUGAUGAGGCCCCUGAUGUGAGCUACAGCCCAACCAAAACAGGUACAAAGGAGACUCAGUCAUCAGUUCAAUCCAAAGCCAUAAAGAAACAGGGAUCAUUUGAUAACACAUUAAAAAAACAAAACUCUUUUGACAAGACUUUUAAAAAGCAGCCUUCAUUUGAGAAUACUUUAAAGAAGCAGCUCUCUUUUGAUAACACUUUAAAAAAGCCAGGCUCUUUUGAGAACAGCGUCACCUCCAACUCUUCAAGUCUAGAGAGGAGGAGGCCAUGGGGAAGCCCUAGUCGACCAGCAACUCCUACUUCCUCUAAAACUACCUCCUGUUCGCCCAAGAGACGACCGCCUGGUUCUCCAGCCAAGGUCCAGGGCGUCAGGGCACUGAGCUUGGAGCGUAGCCGCUCCCCUCAGAGAGGCUUAAGUCAAACAGUCAAACCACUGGGUAAGGCGCUGAGCAGUGGCAUCCCCAAGCCUGUCAUGCCUCAGCAGAAAGAACCUGAACCCAGGAGGUCUUCUCCCCAGAAGCCCAAAAAUGUGCGACCAAAAAUCAUCACCUAUGUCAGGGCGAAUCUUCAAGCAAAACCGCAAGUCACAGAUGCCCCGCAUGAAGCCUCUACACACCCAAUGAGACCAUCCUCCUACUCCAGCCCACCAGCUCAUAAAGAUCCAAAGGUUGGUCCUCAACCUAAAUCCACACCAGUGCUAUGUUCCUCCAACCUGCUGUUUGACAAAUAUCGACAGGAGAUGCAGAAGGCGUGGCACCAUCCUCCAGGCAUGGCUGGCACUGGGGUGAAACCUCCAAGCAGCAACAUCCCUCAAAGGCUGAGCGGGAAGUCGGACAGCUUUCAUGAGGAAGUGCCAGAGAAAUAUCUCCAAGAGCAUGUUUCUCAGGAAGGCGGCGGUGUCUACCGCUCACCCAGAGCUCUGAGGCCUCAGCUGGGGUUAGGGGCAGUCACCAGGCAACCUGCAGCCAGGACAAGAGUCCAGCAAACGGGUCGAAGGCUAGCCCCGGCCCCAGGCCAGUCUGCUCCGGCAGCUGGGGGAUCCACCCAGGGCUCUGCAGGAGAGCAAAAGAGGUCAGGUCCAGAGACUACCCCCAAGAGCCUCCUGCCCAAACCAGGCCAGUCUGGUCUCCGUCCUCCAGGCUUCUCCACCCUGCCAGCUGCGCGUCUGGCCGCCUUCGGCUUCGUCCGGAGCUCCAGUGUCUCGUCUGUGUCCAGCAACCAGUCUAACGACAGCAGUCACAGCGAUCCCUGUCGACCCUCUCAGCAUCCCAGCAGUGGCAGCGAUGACACACCUCUACACAAAGCCACACCAACCCCCAGUGAAGGAUCCCACGCUCAGAGCCGGCCUCAGCCUCCCAAUGCCCCGAGCCUCCAGCGCCGCACGCUGCCCCCGCAGCGCUGCUCCCCACUGGCCUCUAGGAGGGAGAUGCCGAAGAACACAGAGGCUGUGAUGCCACCGAAGUCCUCCCCUAAAAGAUUCGCUGUGGUUUCGCCUAAGCCUCAGUCCCCUGCUUGUGGACGGACGGCAGCAGUCCACGGAUCCGUUCGGACUGACAGGGCCCAGGAGCUGGACCGGGCUAUGAUCCAACAGCUGCGGGAGCGCUGUGAGCAGCAGGCGCUCCAGCUACAGAGCCUUCAGGCCCAGUUAAAGAAGGCCUCUCUGUGCCUGGAUGUUUUCAGCAUCACUACCCAGCACUUCUGUCACAAGAGUGAGAGCGCCGUUGUGAAAGAGAGGGAACUGUCCCUGGAGCUUGCCAGAAUCAGGGAUGAAGUGGCUUUCAGUGUUGCACACUGGGAGCAACUGCAGCAGGAGAAGGAGGAACUGGAGCGGCGUUUUGAGGCCGAGCUGCAGGGACUGCGAGCUCAGCAGCAGAGGGAGCUGGGAGCGCUGGAGGAGCAGCUGAAGGCGCAGCACAAGGCCGAGACCGGGAGCCUGCAGGCCCAGCAACGAGCCGAGCUGGAGGAGCUGGGGGUCAAACAGCAAGAGCAGAUUGAGGAGAUUAGCGAGAACCAUGAGGCGUCCUUGAUGGAGAUCGAGACGGCUCACAAUGACACACUGGCCACUCUGCAGGAGGAGCAUGCCAGGACUGUGAAGAAUUUGAAGAUGGCCCAUGAACAGCAGAGGAAGUCUCUGGAAGAAGAGUUUGAAAAGAUCAGACUGUCGCUGCAGGAUCAGGUGGACACGCUGACGUUUCAGAAUCGUAGCCUUAGAGACCGAGCCAAGCGAUUUGAGGAAGCUCUUCGCAAGAGCACGGAUGAGCAGAUAGUGGAUGCUCUGGCACCAUAUAAACACAUUGAGGAGGACCUGAAGAGUCUAAAAGAUGUCCUGGAGAUGAAGAAUCAACAAAUUCAUCAGCAGGAGCUGAAGAUUUCAGAACUGGAGAAAAUACAGGCUGAAAAGAAUGUGUACCUGGAGGAGAGAGUCCAAGUGUUACAGCAGCAGAACGAAGACCUGAAGGAACGGAUAGACAAGAACCUCGCCGUGUCCAGACAACUCUCUGAGGAGAACGCCAACCUGCAAGUGCACGUGGAGAAGGAAAGCAACGAGAAGAAGCGGCUGAGUCGCACUAAUGAGGAACUGCUGUGGCGUCUUCAGACAGGCGAGCUGAGCCCGCGCAUGUCCCCCAGCUCCUCCCCCGUCCAUCGGCCCUCCUCUGGACCAGGCUCCCCUGCCCGCCCACACUCCUACCAUCAGUGA